GAGUGUAUAGCUUAAUACCAGCGACAUGUGCAGCACCUUUUCUACGUGGCAUUUUAAUAGCGAUAUCAGUGCUCGCCCACCAGCACCAGUUCGCCCAUCGAUGACGUGCGCUGUGGAGCUGUUUUAGAAUGUACGCCCGAUAUUUUGGUUAAAAAUUUUACGACUGUGUUUUUUUUUGGAACCGCAGCAUCGAUUAUAGCGCUUCAGCUAUGGUUCCCGGAUUACGUUUGGCUGCUUGCAUUUUUCUCCUGACUGGAGCCGCUGCGACGGCUCAGAAGCCCAACUUCUACACCUUCUGCUUCUGGGACGGCUUCUCCCGUUGGCGGCCUGAGCCUUACAAAUCCACCGUUCGCGACAUCCCCGCCGAACUCUGCAACGCAGUCGUCUACUCACACGUGACCGUCAACGAAAAGAAUGGCUGGAUCAAGCUCACCGAUAAGGAGCUCACGCUCGAUCCGGAGGCAAAAUCGGAUGCCAAUUCCUUCUUCUACAACCCUAUCUGGCUUCUGCCACCGCACAGAGUCUUCGCCCAGCUUAGGGGCCUCAAAGAUCGCAACCCAAAGCUGAAGCUGCUUCUUGCUGUGGGCGGCCCUCACGACCCAGUGGAAAAGUACUGGCAGCUCUUUCCAGAAGUGCACCUCUGGAAGGACAUGACGGAGAGCCUGGCGCAGUGGCUCAAUACGUACGACUUCGAUGGCGUCGUCCUAGACUUCUUUUCGGGGUCCGCGUCGCUUCAGGAUUCGACCCGCAGUUGGGACAACGCCCGCUACAUCCAUCCAUUCGUUAGGCAAAUCAACUACGGUCUGACAGAGCAUCGCAAGAACUGGACUAUCACGUUCACGCUACCAGUUUUUGACAGCACCACUCACCACCUGUUCGACAUCGAGAAGCUGACGCAAGAAGUCAACUUUUUCUUGGUUAAAACAAGUGACUGCCUGGAAUUUCCAAAGGGAGCAUUUUUAAAUGUAACAAGGACCAUGGACAUGACAGAUAUUGACAGGGCGGAGCUCAUAGUAGAGAAAGGUGCCCCACGCCAGCGAAUAGUGCUUGACAUUCCGCUGUCCGGUCGAACAUACACUGCGGUGGCUGCGACCUCCUCCGGCGUUCACACCGUAUUCCCGGGUCACAGUGGGCCCUACACGAAGCUACAGGGUUUUCUCGCAUUUUUCGAGUUGUGCAGCCACAUCAAGAAUGGCUGGAAGCGAGAACGCUUCGGUGAAGAGGCCUGCUCGUUCCUCAAGCAGGCGGACGAGUACGUGGCCUACGAAGAUGAUGACAGCAUACGCCGCAAGGCGAGAAUGGUAAUGGGACGCCAGUACCGCGGAGCCGCGGUCAGGUCUGUGGACCUCGGCGACUACACCGGAAGCUGCGAGCAGAAGUCGCAUCUCCUGAAGGCGCUUCGUUCAACCUUGGACAUCACCGAUUACUACGUGCACUUCUACUACGACCCACCGAACACGACUUGGUGGGAGGAGGUGCAACGACAGAGAAAAAAUGCCACCACUGAGCCACCACCCGUCGCGAAGCAUUCGACGGCAACAGCUGCGACCGCUGGACCAACCACGCAAGCGGCGUCAACAACGGAAUCGCUCAUGUCACGAGCGCUUCGGGAAGGUGGACGUUUUCUAUGGGAUUUGGUCGGAAAACAAUUUGGCACUAACUCAGGGUCAAACACUCCGGGUCAAGCAGCGCCACCUACCACGCAGGCAUUCAUUCCGAGCGCAACGGUGGAGCAUUCGACGACAACAGCUGCGACUCCUGGAGCAACCACGCAAGCGGCGUCAACAACGGAUUCUCUUAUGUCACGAGCGCUUCGGGAAGGUGGACGUUUUCUAUGGGAUUUGGUCGGAAAACAAUUUGGCACUAACUCAGGGUCAAACACUCCGGGUCAAGCAGCGCCACCUACCACGCAGGCAUUCAUUCCGAGCACAACGGUGGAGCAUUCGACGACAACAGCUGCGACUCCUGGAUCAACCACGCAAGCGGCGUCAACAACGGAUUCUCUUAUGUCACGAGCGCUUCAGGAAGGUGGACGUUUUCUAUGGGAUUUGCUCGGAAAACAAUUUGGCGCUAACUCCGGGUCAAGCCCUCCGAGUCAAGCAGCACCACCUACCACUCAGGCAUUCAUUCCGAGCGCAACGGUGGAGCAUUCGACGACAACAGCUGCGACUCCUGGAGCAACCACGCAAGCGGCGUCAACAAAUUCGCUCAUGUCACGAGCGCUUCAGGAAGGUGGACGUUUUCUAUGGGACUUGCUCAAAAAACAACUUGGCACUAACUCCGAUUCAACCACUCCGGGUAAAGCAGCGCCACCUACCACGCAGGCAUUCAUUCCGAGCGCAACGGAGGAGCAUUCGACGACAACAGCUGCGACUCCUGGAGCAACCACGCAAGCGGCGUCAACAACGGAUUCGCUCAUGUCACGAGCGCUUCAGGAAGGUGGACGUUUUCUAUUGGAUUUGAUCGGAAAACAAUUUGGCACUAACUCCGGGUCAAACACUCCGGGUCAAGCAGCGCCACCUACCACGCAGGCAUUCAUUCCGAGCGCAACGGAGGAGCAUUCGACGACAACAGCUGCGACUCCUGGAGCAACCACGCAAGCGGCGUCAACAACGGAUUCGCUCAUGUCACGAGCGCUUCAGGAAGGUGGACGUUUUCUAUGGGAUUUCAUCGGAAAACAAUUUGGCACUAACUCAACCACUCCGGGUGAAGCAGCGCCACCUACCACGCAGGCAUUCCUUCCGAACGCAACGGAGGAGCACUCGACGGCAACAGCUGCGACUCCUGGAGCAACCACGCAAGCGGCGUCAACAACGGAUUCGCUCAUGUCACGAGUCACUCAGGGUCCAGCAGCGCCACCCACCACUCAGGCGUUCAUUCCGAGUCCAACGGAGGAGCAUUCGACGACAACAGCUGCGACUCCCGGAGCAACCACGCAAACGGCGUCAACAACGGAUUCGCUCAUGUCACGAGCGCAUCAGGACGGUGGGCGUUUUCGAUGGGACUUGCUCGGAGAACAAUUUCGCACUCACUCCGGAUCAAGCAUUCCGGGUCAAGCAGCGCCACCUACCGCGCAACCGACCACAUCGACCGAUAAAAGCAGUGACGCUCUGUUCGUGACGGCGCCUGGCCCGUCUACGACGCCAACGAAGAGUCCAACGCCUGAAGUCAGAACGUUGCCUGCGCCGCCUACUACGCCAUCGGUUCCUUCAGAGACUGAAGUCGAGGCUUCGUCUGCCCAGGCUACAACGCUGUCGGAGCCUCCAACGGCCAAAGUCCAGACGUCGUUUGCCCCGCCUACUAAGCCAUCGGAUCGUCCUACGCCUGUAGUAGUGCCGGUAACAAUGAAGAAUGAAGGCGACCUCUGCAAAGGUGUCAAAAGCCACAAACUUUUGCCUCAUAACUCGGAUUGCGCCAAGUACUAUCAGUGCGUCCAUUCUUCUCCGAUCCUGCGAACUUGCGCGCAAAGCACCAUUUUCGACAUCGAGCGGCAGACCUGUAACUGGCCGGCGCUCGCGAACAGGCCCGAGUGCCUCUGAAGAGCGCCUUUGUACCUUUGCUCGGCGCGGGCGUUUUCAUACGAGCACUACAGUACAUUGAAUGUCCAAUAAAGUCAAUUAGUUCAGUUCUAAGUGCUCUUAUACGAACGCAACAUUUCAUGCGCAAUCUAGGACAUCAGCUAAGUUUCAGCAAAUUUUAUCGGGUGGAUAUCCACACUCUACGCCAGGCAUCGUUCCUAACACUCACUUCGUAGGGCCAUGUUCUAACCGUUUACGUCGGCUGUACGUCCUAGAUAGAUACGCCAAUCUGCUGGUUUUAAAGGGCCCCUCAGGAGGUCUGGCCAUGCUGAGCUUACACAAGCGCAGUGCAUACAAUGCGCGCUAGUGAUUGCGUCUGCCAAGUAUUACAUCACUAAGCGUCGCGGAAAGAGCUGAAAUUUCAAACCAAACGCCUGUGGGCGUUCCCCUCGCAGGCGCUGCGCUCCCAGCCGAAGAGUGACGCACAUAUCGGAACUGCGCUACGUACAUCGCGGUGCUGUGACGUCACUCUCAGUGACACGUGACUUCGAGAAUUAUUCAAGGCAACAUCAGUUAUUUGUUUAAUCUGUUGCUUCAAAAUAUGAAUUAAAGUUUACAGAAAUAAUAAAACAAACAA